AUUUUCGAGAGAGGGGUCCCGAGGAGCGCCCGCCCAGGGGCAGAGGCACCGCGCUCAGCCCAGCGGGGCCCUGCCCAGACUUGCUGGAAGGAAUGAGUCGCGUGCCUUAGUUAGCUGGUCCCGGUCGCAGGAAGAAACGCCUGUGCAGCGGCUUUAAUUGCUGCGGGACCGCCGGAGUUCCCCGCCGUACAACUCGGUGGUGCGGACUUUGCCUUCGGCUACCCCGCGGCCGCGCCGAGCCGGGGUGGGAAAGUUUCUGGAGUUGUCAGUCGCGCUGCCCGCCGCCACCUAGAGCCGAGGUGCGGGCGCCUGCGAGGGGGCCCCCGCGGGAUCGCCGGGGCGGCCGGGGCAUGCGGCGCGGGGGCGCGGCUCGCUGACGCGGCGGGCGGGGACCGGCGCCGGGGGGCCGGCCGCGCGCUGGUGCGGAGCGAGGGCGCCCGGGGGACCCGGACGCACGGCCGGCGCGCGCGCGCGCGCGGGACGCGGCCAUGGAGGACGCGGGAGCAGCCGGCCCGGGGCCGGAGCCCGAGCCGGAGCCCGAGCCCGAGCCGGAGCCCGAGGGGGGCGCGGGCAUGUCCGAGGCGUUCUCCCGGCUCUGGACCGACGUGAUGGGCAUCCUGGACGGCUCGCUGGGAAACAUCGAUGACCUGGCACAGCAGUAUGCAGAUUAUUACAACACCUGUUUCUCUGAUGUGUGCGAGAGGAUGGAGGAGCUCCGGAAACGGCGGGUGUCCCAGGACCUGGAUGUGGAGAAACCUGAUGCCAGCCCCACGUCACUUCAGCUGCGGUCCCAGAUCGAAGAGUCGCUGGGCUUCUGCAGCGCCGUGUCAACACCAGAAGUGGAGAGAAAGAACACUCUUCCUAAGUCGAACUCAGAAGACGGCUGUGUAGGAAAAGGAGACUGGAAGAAGAAAAAUAAGUAUUUCUGGCAGAACUUCCGAAAGAGCCAGAAAGGAAUAAUGAGACAGACUUCAAAAGGAGAAGAUGUGGGCUAUGUUGCAAGCGAGAUAACAAUGAGUGAUGAGGAACGGAUUCAGCUGAUGAUGAUGGUCAAGGAGAAGAUGAUCACCAUUGAGGAAGCGCUUGCGAGGCUCAAGGAGUAUGAGGCCCAGCACCGGCAGUCAGCGGCCUUGGACCCUGCCGACUGGCCAGACAGCUCUUACCCAACAUUCGAUGGCUCGUCAAACUGCAAUUCAAGAGAACAAUCGGAUGAUGAGACCGAGGAGUCGGUGAAGUUUAAGAGGUUACACAAGCUGGUCAACUCCACUCGCAGAGUGAGGAAGAAACUGAUCAGAGUGGAAGAGAUGAGAAAGCCCAGCACUGAAGGCGGGGAGGAGCACCUGUUUGAGAACUCCCCGGGCCUGGAUGAAAGGUCCGCCCUUUACUCGGGAGUGCACAAGAAGCCAUUUUUCUUUGAUGGCUCUCCUGAGAAACCUCCGGAAGAUGAUUCAGACCCUCUCACCACUUCUCCAUCGUCCGGCAGCCUGGAUACCUGGGGAGCCGGCCGGAAGUUGGUCAAAACCUUCAGCAAAGGAGAGAGCCGGGGCCUGAUUAAGCCCCCCAAGAAGAUGGGGACGUUCUUCUCCUAUCCAGAAGAAGAAAAGGCCCAGAAGGUUUCCCGCUCCCUGACGGAGGGCGAGAUGAAGAAGGGCCUCGGGUCCCUGAGCCAUGGGAGAACCUGCAGUUUUGGAGGAUUUGAUUUGACGAACCGCUCUCUACACAUUGGCAGCAACAAUUCUGAUGCAAUGAGUAAAGAAGGAGAUUUUGUGUACAAAGAAGUUAUCAAAUCACCCACUGCCUCCCGCAUCUCUCUUGGGAAAAAGGUGAAAUCAGUGAAAGAGACAAUGAGGAAGAGAAUGUCUAAAAAAUAUAGCAGCUCUGUCUCUGAGCAGGACUUGGGCCUUGAUGGCAUGCCUGGCUCCCCUCCAUCUUCACAGCCGGAUGGCGAACACAUGGACAAGCCCAAGCUCAAAGCCGGAGGUUCCGUAGAGAGUCUGCGCAGUUCUCUGAGUGGGCAGAGCUCGAUGAGUGGUCAGACAGUAAGUACCACUGACUCCUCAACCAGCAACAGGGAGAGUGUCAAGUCGGAAGACGGUGAUGAUGAGGAGCCCCCCUACCGGGGCCCCUUCUGUGGGCGCGCCAGGGUGCACACCGACUUCACGCCUAGUCCCUACGACACAGACUCGCUCAAGCUCAAGAAAGGAGACAUCAUCGAUAUCAUCAGCAAGCCACCCAUGGGCACCUGGAUGGGUCUGUUGAACAACAAGGUCGGCACAUUCAAGUUCAUCUAUGUAGAUGUGCUAAAUGAGGAAGAAGAGAAGCCCAAGCGCCCCACCAGAAGGAGGAGAAAAGGAAGACUACCCCAGCCCAAAUCUGUGGAAGAUCUCCUUGAUCGGAUCAACCUGAAAGAGCACAUGCCCACUUUCCUGUUCAAUGGGUACGAAGACCUGGACACCUUUAAGCUCCUGGAGGAGGAAGACUUGGAUGAGUUAAAUAUCAGGGACCCGGAACACAGGGCUGUCCUCCUGACGGCAGUGGAACUGUUACAGGAAUAUGACAGUAACAGCGACCAGUCAGGAUCUCAGGAGAAGCUGCUGGUGGACAGCCAGGGCCUGAGUGGAUGCUCUCCGCGAGACUCAGGAUGCUAUGAAAGCAGUGAGAACCUGGAACACGGCAAGAGUCGGAAGCCUGGCCUUCUCUCUGUCAAGUCAUCGGCGGAGUCCAGCUUAAAGUCUUUCAACAGGAAUGAGCUGGGCAACUACCCAACCCUGCCUUUAACGAAGUCCGCUGACGCACUGAAGCAGGGGGAGGAGGCCAGGCUGGGCAGUGGCCGUACCCCGCACGCUUCCAAGUGCUGUGAGCAGCCAUGGGGGACUGGUUUGAACCAAAACCGAAGAAGCCUCCCUGUUUCCAUCUGUCGGAGCUGUGAGACGCUGGAGGGCCCCCAGACUGUGGAAACUUGGCCCCGAUCCCAUUCCCUGGAUGACCUUCAAGGAGAGCCUGCUGCUGAGAAGGAUGUGCCUGGCAAGGUGACGGACCCCUCCCCUCAGACUGUACCACAAGUGCCACAAAAGACAACGCCCUCCAUCGCAAAGGUUCAAAGCCCCAAACGAGAUCCUGCUGUUGACAAUGCACUGCUACUGACCCAAAGCAAGAGAUGUUCUGAACCUCAGAAGACAGCUACUAAGAAACCGGAUGGCUCAAUAGCAGCCUCUUCGCGUGGCACAUCACCUCCUCCGUGUUUGCCCAAAAACUACGAUGCUCAGCCUCCUGGAGUUAAACACACUUUAACAAGGACGCCUCUGGAGGGUCACAGGAAAGGACUCGAUUUUGAGGGCACAUAUUCCCCCCCGGGCACCAAAGAAGGCCUAGAUGCCGAGCAGAGGGGCCCCGAGGCAAGAGCAGAGGCAAAGCAUCCUGCCCAGCCGCCGCCUGUUCCCGCCAAGAAGAGCCGAGAGCGCCUGGCCAACGGACUCCACCCUAGCCCUCCUGGCCCUGACGCGCCAAGCCUGCCCAUGAAGAGGGGCAGCCCCGGUGACUGUCACUCGCCUCCGGCUUCCAGGCCUCCCUCAGGACAGGAGCCUGGCAGCCCCCCGAGCGCAAGACCACCGCCCUGGCUCUCUGAGCUCCCGGGGAGCACAAGCCUCCAGGAGCACGGCGUGAAGCUGGGCCCGGCUCUGACCAGGAAGAUCUCCUGCGCUCGGGGAGUGGAUCUGGAGAUGCUCACAGAAAACAAGUUACGAGCCGAAGGCAUCGAUCUCACCGAGGAGCCAUAUUCGGAUAAGCACGGCCGCUGUGGGAUCCCUGAAGCCCUGGUGCAGAGAUACGCCGAGGACUUAGAUCAGCCCGAGAGGGACGUCGCCACCAACAUGGACCAGAUCCGCGUGAAGCUACUGCGGAAGCAGCACCGCAUGGCGAUCCCAAGUGGUGGACUCACAGAAAUCUGUAGAAAGCCCCUCUCCCCCGGAUGCGUUUCUUCUGUGUCAGACUGGCUGGUCUCCAUUGGUCUGCCCAUGUACACCAGCACCCUCACUGAAGCCGGGUUCAGCACCCUGGGCCAAGUGCCUUCUCUGUCCCACACUUGCCUUCAGGAGGCCGGCAUCACGGAGGAGAGACACAUAAGCAAGCUCGUGUCUGCAGCCAGACUCUUCAAACUGCCACCAGGCCCCGAGGCCAUGUAGCCAGGCCCAUAAUGGAGUUCUCUGGACCAGAGCCACUCUUUCACUGUGCUUAUGCUAAUGCAAUUCCUCCUCGGGACAUGCAGACCAGAUCCAGAAGAAAGGCCUAGUGUAUGGCCACACAGAGCACGAAACCUUGGCACAGGACUGAUGACCCUCGCUUCUCCAGAAAAGCCCCCUCGAGGAAAUUGGUGUGGUUCUCUUCGACCCCCAAAGAAAAGACAAGCACUUAUUUUUAUUUUCAGAACACGGAAGAACCAGGAUGCCAACUUGCCACACAUGCUGCGCCUCCAGUCUGUCUUGGUGCGCUGGGGGAGGGCUGGGAGCAGAGGGAGGGCAGCCGGUUUCAUGUCUGAGAACGCCCUUGCCCUUCCGUCUGUCACCCUGCAGGAUACCUGAGGGCCAGACGGGCUUUAGCUAGGCCAAAGUGACAGACUCGGGAGUUCAUUGUACACUAUUGACCAUGCCUGUUUGUUCAACAGUAAGAAAAUCUGGCUGCACUAGGGAAAAAAAAAAAAUCCUAUUCUCCUUUAAGUAAACAAGAGACAUUUUAAUAAUUGCUUUCUAGCAAUCAGCUUUUAUUUGCCUUAAUAUAAGCUUUGAAGCAGUUAUCCUAGUGUUCACUACCCUGUAACCAUAGUUUCCAAUCUUCAGCUUAGACUGCCAUCUAACAUGUGAGAUGUUUUCAGCAAAAACAAAACGAAACAAAAAUGGGCUUUUCUAAUUGCCUCACUUUAACAUGGCUCAUUUUGUAGCGGUGUUUAUCAGGCACAAAGUUCAUGUUGGCUUUCAGUUUUUACACUAACUACAAAUCCAGUAAAAAGCUAUCUGAAAUUCCAAGAUCAGGUGUGUAUGUGAGUGUGCAUGCAUGUGCGUGGGUGAGUACCCGCGCGCGCGUUUGUAUAGUAACUACCUUCACUUUAAUCAGUUUAGUUUUGUUUACCACGUUGGUCAUCGUGCUGCAGUAUUGACUUGGACUCCUGACCACGUCCAUCCCAAAAUUCAGUCGUCAGCUAACAGAUUAGCUUUGCAAAGUCAUUGUAAGGUUGAAUAUUUCAGAAAGAUGUUUUUAAAAGGGAAGCAGUUUAUAAGAUAUUUUAAAAGGUUUUUUUUUCCACUUUUAAUAUUCAGAUAUCGUUCUCCUUCCUUAUUGAGGUAAUUCUUUUAAUUCGGAUAAAAGUUCAUUUUGGAGCCAGACAAACCACGUUAGCCAUGUAUUAAGUUAACAUUUGCAUAUUUUCAAUUGUUUCCCAACUGAUUGUAGUGUUUUCCAUCCUCUUUUAGUCUGGUGUCUGAUUUUUCUAGCACAUAGAAAUUUAGGCAACUAAAAAAGGUUUCUGUUGCUUACUAAAAGAGUUUCCUUUACAUUCUUAAUCAUGAGAACUAUUUUAAGCACUGAAUGUGAUCAUUUACAAU